AUGGAGGGCCCAGAAAGAGAGAAAACUUCAUCUGUCUCUUUUGCUCUCAGCUUUUCGAGCGCCCACCUCAAAGCUCAAGCCAACACCGGCAACAGUAACCCCUACCCCUCCACUUUAUCCUACCAGAAUUUCAGAGCGCAAAAAAACGAACCAUCUUUCUUCUGGUCUCAAGUGGGUGUGACGCCAUUUUGCCUUGAGGCUGAGAUUAGACAGGGCCGAAGAUUCUCACUUCACACUGAAGUCGUUCAUGGUGUGACAAACGGAUGGAGAAAAGAUGAGGCCUGGUUGGAUGUUGUCACCGAGUCUGAGCAAGAAGGUGAGAUUAGCAGCCACUUUCUGCUGCUGAGCCACGCCACAUUUCGGCUCGGUCUCGUCUCGUCUCAUCUCAUCUGCCCGGAUCAACUCACCAUCCGCGAGGAGCCACGCCCCCAUUCAACACCAGGUUGGCUUAUUCCGGCCUCCAAAGGGUUGGACGAAUCAGAAGAGCUCGACUCCAGGCGUCAGGCAAAGCACAUCCUUUCACAGCUUUCUCAGCAAAACCAUUUUUUUUCUCUCACGGACUCUAAACAGGCACUCGUGUCACACAGGCCAUGCUCAAUGUCUGAUGGUAUUGAGACGGACAGACGCCGGCGCGUAAGUUGCCCCAAAGACUUGCUUUUAAACAAAAUCCACCGCCAAAACGGUGAAUGCUAG